CUAUCCGCGGGCGGGAGACCACGAUGGCCCCCGUGAGCUUUAGGAGCCCUCUGCUGUUCUGCCUGGUGGCCGCAUGGCUCGGCCCUGUCCCGGCCGAGGAGCCCGCGGCGGAGAGUCCGUCCUCACACGGCCGCCUCGAUAAGAACUUGGUGCAGGAUAAAGACCACAUUAUGGAACACUUGGAAGGAGUUAUUGAAAAACCGGAGUCUGAGAUGUCUCCACAGGAGCUGCAGCUUCAUUACUUCAAAAUGCAUGAUUACGAUGGCAAUAAUUUGCUAGAUGGGUUAGAGCUUGCUACUGCUAUAUCACAUGUCCACAAAGAGGAAGGUGGUGAGAAUACCCAGGCAAUGAAAGAAGAGGAGCUAAUAAGUCUAAUAGACGAUGUUUUAAGAGAUGAUGAUAAGAACAAUGAUGGAUACAUUGACUAUGCAGAAUUUGCAAAAUCACUGGAAUAAGGGUUUGAAAGGGGCUUGUUUCUCCGUCUAACAGAAUGGAAAUGUGACCCAGUAUAAUGUGAUUUAUUAAUCAUGUCAACCUUUGUGCUGAGGUAUUUGUGAGCUGAGGUGUCCUGGUGCCAGUUGAAUUUGUUUGCAAACUGUAUGUGUUAAGAGGCUGGCUAAUCUCAGAAUGGUAGCCACACUUGACUAAAUGUAGGUACGUAUUUGAAUCUCGAAUCAUGGAAGCAUCAAAAUAUUUCCAUAGGCUACAGCUGGCAAACUUUUAAGCUAUAUGUGAAUACUUAAUACAAUCAAAUACAAUCUAAAUUCCUUUUUUUUUUUAAAUUGAGUUAUAUAAAACUUGUUUGCUUACAUCUUCUAUUUUAAUUUAUGACAUACCUAGAAAGAAAGAAAAGAUGAUGACUGCAUAAAGUUGUAUAUAAAGAAGAAAUUUCCCUCUUCCCAAUUUCAGAGGAAAUUUUCAUACAGGUAUGGUGCUUGAAACAGCAAUUGUAGAAGAUGAAGGUGGUUUGUGUUUGAGGUCCCUAUGAUACCGUAUGGACUUCAAUACUAUCUUCAAAGAAAUUGAGUAUUUUUAAAUAUACGUACUUGCUAGCAUACCCUUACACAUUAUAUAUAAAUACACACUUUCCAAUUUCUUCUCAUCCUUCACAAAUUUACUUUUUAAAUUUUUCUCUACCUUUCAUGGUCUUUUGUUAAGAAAAUGAAAAUAUUUUUAAUUCAUAUAUGAUGUAUUAAUGCUGCAUAAAAUUUACUAGAAAACCUUCUGCUAUCUCAUUUUGAAGGUCACGUUAACUGAAAACCAGUUCAAUACUGAACUUUCUUUUCAAUUUGGUUCUUAAAGUGUUAGCCAGCAGGAUAAUUUGUGAGCAAGUAAUGCUGCCUUGUUGAGGUUUAAUUUCAUAUUACUUGACACAUAAGUUACAGUGUUACUUUCAGGAGGUAUUUAAUCACUGUUUCAAGAUACUUGAAUGUUUGUAAACAAACAUGGUUCUAGGAAUGUUUUCACUGUCCUCAAUACUUACUAGGUCAAGCAGUUUAAGGAUGUGAUGUACAAUAAUGUACUGCUGCUUUAUUGACAUUUCGCAACUAUUAAGCAUAGCUGAAAUCUUAAAUUGCAUUCAAACACUGUCCAUGAAUAGAGAAUCUAAAUGUUAGCAUUUCUGUAAAGUGCAUAAAGAGCUAUUUUCUGUACAAAAUUAUUCUUAUACAACAGAAACACAUUUGUAAAAGAAAUUAUUCCAUUUGUUUGCACAACGGAUCCUGUGUUGGACUUUUUUUUUGUAAUAACUACUUUGUGACCGGGGUCAUGCUGGUUGUACAAGCAAUAAAAACAAGUUGGGAUUGUA